CCCAUCCCGUGUUAGCAACCUCCCCCUUCUUCUCCCUGUCUUUCAUCUCUUGCCUCCUUCUACCAUCUCCCUUUUCUGUAAUAGUCUGCUUUGCUUUGUGUGCACACUGUAUCAUGAUGCAUUUGGGCUGCAUCUGGGGUCUCUCCUUGUUCCUGUCCCUGAGUUUAGGAUGGACGAAGGCACAGCAGGCGAAUUACACCAGGCCUGUGUUCUACUGUGGAGGUGACCUGGUUGCAGACUCAGGGUUUGUUGGCAGUGAGGGGUUCCCAAGCCUCUACAAACCCAACAGCAAAUGCACCUGGCGUAUCACGGUCCCUGAGGGAAAUGUAGUCACGCUAUCCUUCCGCAUUUUUGACCUAGAGGCUGACUCGCAAUGCCGCUAUGACUAUCUGGACGUCUACAAUGGGCAUUCCAACUUGGUGCAAAAGCUGGGCCGCUUUUGUGGAACUUUCCGGCCUGGCGCCCUUAUUUCUACCACAAAUACUAUGAUGUUAGAGAUGGUGUCUGAUGAAGAGACGCAUGGUAGAGGGUUUGUGGCCUAUUUCGCUGGAACCAAACCGUAUGUGGACGACCAACAGUUCUGUGGGGGUAAGCUAACAAAAGCCCAGGGAGAGAUCAAGACGCCCAACUGGCCUGACAAGAAAUACCCAGCGGGAACCAGCUGCUCUUGGCUUAUCACUGUGGAGCCUGAUAUGGUAAUCCAGGUGAAGUUUGAUAAGUUUCUCUUGGAGGUCGACACCUAUUGUCGGUUUGACUAUGUGGUGUUCUUUAAUGGUGGAGAGAAAGAUGAUUCAACCCUGAUUGGAAGAUACUGUGGUGAUCAGGUCCCGCAACCCAUUAUCACCAGUGGCAACGUGCUACUGGUCCAGUUUGUGUCUGACCUCAGUGUGACAUCUGAUGGAUUCCUUGCCCACUAUACCAGCAUCCCUCGUGGUUCUGAGAUCAUAACAGCUGAGUCAGGAGCUGGUACGAGGUCUAUUCACCCGAAACCUGCAGUCAAACCUGCUGCACCUGAACGUCCAGCCGCUACUCUAAAGCCACCUGUCCCCACCACCAAGUAUGUGCCAUCUCUUCCCCCUAAGCUCGCUGAGAGAUACAAACCAGUCAAACCUGUUAGAGUCCGUCAGCCGGACACCACAAGCCAGGGCAGGAGGGUGCCAGUAACAAGACCAAAUGGAAAGAGGCCCAUCCCUCAAAAUCCGCUGUGUGCCAGAGCCUGUAAAAGAGAUGGAACUAUCAAGAGUAGUUUCUGUGCGAGUGAAUUUGUGAUAACUGGGAAGGUGACCUCGCUGGCCCCUGGGCCCCGUGGCACUGUUCAUGUUAGCAUCUCCCUUAUUAAGGCCUACAAGGCAGGUCGACUAACCAUCACGCAAGUGGGAGAAACCAUGUCGGUUAAGCUGGUGUCACAGUGCAAGAAGUGCCCGUUGCUCCGAAGAGGUGUCAACUACAUUAUCAUGGGUCAAGUGGAUCAAGAUGGACGUGGUACCCUGCAACCUGGUGCAUUCACAGCUCCCUACAAAGCCCAACAUCACAAAUUAUUAGUGAAUAUCAACAACCAACCCUGUUAACCUCACACAUAUGUCUGGGCCAGGAAAAGAAGACGACAUAUCACACACACAUCCUGAAUUUUCAAUGUGAAAUACAGAUAUAUUGAAGCACAAUAUUGCAGUAAAACAUAACUUCAUUUUUAUCCCAAUAUUUUAAAGGUAUGCAAGUACAUUGUUUUAUUCAAACACCUGCCAAACAUUAUGUUUGUAAUUUAUACAUGAAUAAAGGUUUUAUAUCUCUGUCA